AUGUUGCCCUUCACAUCACCCACGAAACACGCUUCCAGAAAUAAACUCAGGAUACCCAGUGAGAUGCAAAAAAAGCAUUUAGAACUCUUACUCUCACUCUAUUCAGACAAAACUCAUCCUCAUUCACCUUGGAUCUAUUAUCCUCAACAACUGACCAACGUAGUUCAUCAAGUCAGAAAAUCAACAGCAGAUUGGUUAUUCUCUCAAGUACUUGUAGGCGACUAUGGACUCUAUCGAUACCUCAGUUCGUUUCGACACAUGUUCUUGCUUAACUAUGGUGAUCUAGCCACUCAUUUUAUUGAGGCGUGUGCUUUAUGGCGUCGUCAGUCCAUGUCGACUGAAGAACAUCCCGGUCGAACAGCCAUGAUUUUUCAGCGUCAAGAAAUGAAUGCAUUGCUUGUUAAGGCUUCCCUUGGCACAGAAGCAGAAGAUCAGUUGGCUGGAUUCAGUUUAUUGUUGGAACAAGAAAAGACACAGGAAUAUCCGUUUGCUGAUCUACUGUUGAUUGAUAUACCUCUCGUGAUGACUUUUGACCUUGAAUGGCCUAUUGAUCUAUUUAUCAGCCCAUCAGACCUGAAGCGAUAUAGUCAUUUAUGGUCUUUUCUGAUCAGCCUGAAGGCUACUCAAAUGGCAUUGAAUAACUUGUGGAAGAUCUUGAGGACAGGGGAACAGAUUGAGAGUCAUGAUGAAAGACGUGUAUGGCAAUUAAGGUCUUUGAUGUUAUUCUGGAUUGAUACAGUUUGGAAUCAUAUUCAAAUCCAUGUUAUUGAUGCUCAUUAUCAAACCAUGAUUCAUACCAUAUCUCCUUCCAUGACAAACAAGCGUAAAUCAAGGCAGAACACAAAGCUUGAUUUUGAAGAGAUCCAAUUCGCCCAUGAAACCUUCUUGAAGAAUACAACAAGAGGUUGUUUACUGUUGUCUCAUGAAUGUGUCAAGACAAUGUAUGAUAUCCUAAAGACCUGUUUAGGGUUCUGUGACACAAUGGAAAAAAUAUCACAAGAAGGUCAUUGGAGAAGAAGUAAGAAAAGAAAGACUGCACCCAAGACAGCAAGUGAGAUUGUGAAUCAAUGGACAAAUGCAACGCAUGAACAAUCAUGGCUACAAGAUGUCUAUGCCACUCAAGAAAAAUUUCAUUAUUUAACACAGCAUUUCUUUGCCUUAGCAUCAAAUCAACAACCUGAAGUCAAAUCCAGUGGUCGAAUGGAUGUCUUGUUAAUGCAACUAGACUAUAACCAAUGGUUUUCUAAAGCCAUAUACCCAACUUUUUAA